CCACGCGCGCCAGCCGGCUGUCGCAGUCAACAGGUUGUCGUCCGUCGAAACACUGGAAUCCGCGCUAAUCCGUCGUCUGCUGCCGACUAACUUGUGAGUGCGCGCCGUGCAAGUGAAACUGUUCCGUUCGCCUUUCGAUCUUCUCGUUCACAAUGGCCUCUAGCGGUUAUAAAUGGUUCAGGAUCUGAAAGGCCUCUCGGACCGUGACCACCGCGCGCUCGGCAGCGGAUCUGUGUGGGAUAGUUUACAGAUGUUCAACAUGGAAACGUUCUCCUACGACGUGACAGCCAACGACCUGGGCGACCUGUGGGGUGACUCGGAUUUAGAUCAGAUGUCGGAGGUGUGGGGCAAGUGCACGGGGGACGAGGACUGGAGCUCCGCCCUGCUGGACGUCAAGCCCCAGGUUAUACUCCAUGACCGCCUCAUGACAGACGCCGCCCUCGGCACGGUCCCCAUCAAGUCAGAACACUCGUACUGCAGCCUGACAGCCGGCACUGACAGUCCCCCAGACUCACCCCUCAAGAUGGAAGACAUUGAAGAUGACUUUCCGCCAGUCGUGAGGCUCCAGAGGACAGGCAGCAGGCCGAGGCCAGAGUCUCCAGAGGUGGUAGUGAAGGACGAGCCUCUCAGCGAGCCAGAGUCUCCGAUGUCUUCGUGUCCACCCUCUCCUUCACCUCCCCCCUCACCAGAACCGACAGCCCGGUCGUUUGCAGACUUCAAAUAUGAACACAAGCUUAAAUCAGGGCAGAGCCUGCUAAAGCAGCCGACCGCUGUGCUGAUGACCAGGUCCAGCCUCGGCCACCAUGUCGUCAUGCCCAGUCUCAGCAUCAAGCUGGAAUCUCAGUCCUCUGGAUUCACGUUACCACCUACCCCACCAUCGUCAACGUCCAGCGACAGCGAAGGCAACGUGUCACCCUCUCACCCAUCGUCUCCCGUGCCAGCUCCGGCUCGCAGACUGUUUCUGUCCCCAGCCAGUCACAGCCCUGCCUCCACCCGGCAGCCCAUACAGACACCCCUCAUCAGCAGUCAACCGAAAGGGUCAACAGGGGUGCUGAUGUUGACAGAGGAGGAGAAGAGGACACUGCUCGCGGAAGGUUACCCCAUCCCUACGCGGCUACCCCUCACCAAAGCUGAGGAGAAGUCUCUCAAGAAAAUUAGGAGAAAAAUAAAAAAUAAAAUAAGUGCACAAGAGAGCCGGCGCAAGAAGAAAGAGUACAUGGAUGCACUGGAGAGGAAAGUGGAGCUCUUAUCAUCCGAGAACUCGGAGUUCCGCAAGAAAAUAACAAACCUGGAGGACACCAACUGUUCGCUGAUGAGUCAGCUGCACAAGCUUCAAGCUCUGGUCGCACGCACACACAAUCUGACGUCACAUUCAAGGAGUGCCAAGUAGUAUAGAAUCUGAGAUGUGUCUCACAACCAUUUGUAAAUAUAGGGAGGAUAAGCCGGUAGUCUUCCACCCGCAACAAUGUACAAAGCAGGGACAUCUUUGCCUGGCCUACAGGAAGGAGAAACGUUGGUGCCUACGUUUAGUGUUUGUGAUUGUGAUGAUCAGAGAACUGUUCUGGACACAACUUAAAUUUUCCAUCCGAGAUCGUUUAUGUAGUGUAGUCGAAUUUUAAUAUAUUGAUUAUAUAUUUUAAGAAAAUGUUUCUUAUAUAUUGUUAAUAAUUGAACAGAUAAUAUAUAUUUAUAUUCCAAAUAUGAUAUAUUUUUUGGGAUAUUGAUCAUAGUGUAGUAGAAACGAGUCAAGUGACUUACAAGGAGAACUCUGUGUUUUAUUUAUUUCAUUGGACCAUUAGAGAUUUUAUUAAAGAAAUGUGUAUUUUUUAAAGAUCUAUACAUUUUUGUGAAAUUUGUAUGUUAUGUUUGUUAGAUUAAUUCUUUAAAGAUUGCUCAACAAUAUUUAGCAAAAAUUUUAAUUUAUAUUUAAAAGCUAUAUUAAGUAUUUUUUAAUUAAUGCAAUAACCAAUUGUUGGCUGUGUAUUAAAUUAGUAAUUAAUAAUUAUUUAUUAAAUUAAUUAUCUACAUAGUUGAGUCAGUUAAAGGCAUAAAUAUAAUUAUUUUCAAAGCUUCUACGUUUAGAGUAGUUAUGAAACUAGCGAUUUUUUAUUACAUGUAAGUAAACUAAUUAUAUAACGACCUUUUACAGAGAUUUAUUACCUGCAACAUUUUAUCUAUUCCCAUAUAUAGAAUUUUACAAAAAAAGUUGGCACCACUGGUAUGUGGACAAUAUGCUAAGUAGAUCUACUUGGCGACUUUAAUGUAUCGUACAACUCCUUUGUAUUUGCAGUUAAAUACAAAGUUCAGUUGUAUUGUAUAAUUUAUUAUGCCAGUUAUGCAGCUUGUAUGCGUUGAGUAAGUGAUGUUUUUAUUGGUGUUGCAAUAAUUAUUUCAAUUUUAUUUUUUUAAAGUGCAAUUUUUAAUCCCAUUUAUUUAAAUUGUUAUUUUUUGUGUUUAAUCUGUCUGAGGCCAGAAUCAGAAUCAAACAUAUUUAUUUUGUUUUGUACAUACAUACAAAAAGUGUCAAUAUAUACAUUUUUUAAAUACAUUAAAAUAUACAAUUCCAAUGACUCAAAGAAAUAAUGUUUCUUAAGGUUCGACUUCAAGCCUCUCUCCACAAGUAGUGGUGUGGCUGUACUCGGCCGUUACAAUAAAUUUAUUUAAAUUAAAUAUCUCUAUUACAUAUCUCAUAUUAUGUUCUGUAAAUACAAUAAUGUUUAGUUUUAUUUUGUCCAAUAUUUCUAAUAAUUCUUUCUUUUUACUCUAGGUGUUGUAUAUUUAGAUGAAAGAUAGAGAAACUUGCUAAUUGAAAAUUAUUAGUGGAAAUUGUGGAUUACGCUUAAUCUAGAGGUGUGUCUAAAUUUGACUUGAGUUAAUUGUCGGGCAGGAGUUUAAAUGAAAAAGCUCGAGUUCCACUAGAAUAACUCCACUUAUAAUGCUAGGUUCAUGUUUAGAGCCAUUUGCUGAAACGACUUGAUGUAGAGAAAAUGGAAUGUUAAUCGUUUUAUCUUCCUCAAGUAGACACAUUGUACUCUAUUACGCAAUCCUUAGUGAUUUUAAAAAUUCAAGGUGGGAAAGUCCAUUUCUUCAAACUCUUGUGGAAUUUCUGUUGAAGGGUACUACAUAGACAAUAAUUUGUAUACUUCACUGAAAUCCUGUGAGGUUCUUAAUGAAAUGGUCUGGUUUUAUCUAAUCUCUUGAACUUGUUAGUUCAGUUCGGAUAGGCUCUGAUAAUGUAUUAGUGGAUCAUUUACCUUGCCUGGUUUUGAACUCAGGUUUGUGAUAUAUGUACUAGGUUCCUGGAGUAUACACUAGGAUAUCUGAAGUAUACACUAGGAUAUCUGAAGUAUAAACUAGGAUAUCUGGGAUAUACACUAGGAUAUCUGAGGUAUACACUAGGAUAUCUGAGGUAUACACUAGGAUAUCUGAGGUAUACACUAGAAUGUCUGGGAUAUACACUAGGAUAUCUGAGGUAUACACUAGGAUAUCUGAGGUAUACACUAGGAUAUCUUAGGUAUACACUAGGAUAUCUUAGGUAUACACUAGGAUCUCUGGAAGUAUACACUAGGUUAUAAAGAAAUUAUUGGCUUAAUUGCAGUUUAAAAUAUGGGAUUAGGUAAAAUGUUUCAUUACUCAAUAUCUUCUAAAAUCCAAAAUUCCGUAUAACUAACAAUAUGACCAACAAUUAGUUAUUGUUUUAUAUUGUUAUGAUAGUCACUGUUAUUAAUUCAUUGAUUUAAAAGUUUCCACUGCAGUGUCUUAACAUGCCUGUUUUGUGGUUGUACUGAUCUGUGCCUUGCUUUAGCUAGCUGGUGUUAAUUUUCCUGUGUACAAAACAUCAGUUUUUAACAUUUUCUUUCAAGCAGGCAAUGUUUUACAAAUUUUUAAUUUCACAUUUAACUUCUGAAGUACUGUUACUGUUAAAACUAAAAGACAAUUAUUCCGCUUUUUAGCGAAAAAAUGUUUAGCCAAUAACAUAAAAAUCUGAAUACCAGUAACAUAAAAAUUUGUAUAAUUUUAAAAUGAAUUUAAUUUUUAAUUUUUUAAAUUUUAUUUG